AUGGGCGGCUGCGGCGGCCGCAGUGUGAAGAGCCAGGAGUGUUUCAAUCCGCUGCAACUGCACCUUGGCCCUCUCCAGCUCAGCAACGAAGGCUUUGCGCUUCAGCCGAAGCUCAACGUGGGCAUCCAAGGGAAAGGCAUUACCGCGAUGGCGGGCGUGCGUGACAUCCGCGACGGCCUGAUUUUGGAUGGCAUGGCAAUGGUCACCAAGCACUACACGGGACAGGGGCGCACCAUCGCUGAAGUGUUGCGAAAUGUCAAAGCACAGAACCCGCUGCCCGUCAUCGACGACAUCGUGGCAGCAAUUCCACAUGUGGCAGCAGAAAUUGUGCACCGUACUGGCGCCGAUGUGACGAGCGACAUCGUCGAGUCUGUGCGGGGCACCCUCUAUGUCUACACCGGGGUGGGGUUGUCUGCCGGCGUCUUCCUCGGCUGGCUGGACACCGACGGCUAUGCCAUGAUGGGAGCGCUAGGCCAAGCGAGCCUUCUGAAGAGCGUUGCCCUGAGUUUUCGCGUGGGCAUUUCUGAAGACAAGAUGUCUUCACGCCUCGUGAUGGUGGUUGGAAAUGUGGGCUUCGAGGCGACCCUAAAGAUGAGGGUGCCGCCGCCUUUGGUCGGAUCGGCCGAAGAAGCUCUGACCCUUGCAGAAGGAUCCGACAGCCUUGAAAAUAUCCCGCAGCUCGUUUCCUGA